GCUGCGUGGCGCAGAGGGUCCUACUCCCUCUCCAGACUUCUUCGCUUUCUAUCAGCGGUUGCCGGUUGGAGAGGUGCGCGAAGGGGCUUGGAUCAGAGCUCUCUCUUUACAUCCACGGAUUAGCAAUGUGUGCUUUAAUUUUCCGAGCUGAUAAUGGUGUUAGAUGUUGAAUUAUAGCAUCUUAAUCAGAGAAUGUCACAAACAUCUGGUGGUUUUCUGCUUCCUUUGGGCUCCUUGUUGGGACAGAAAAGAGUUUCUCCAGCUGAAGCAGAGUGCAAGGAAACUGAAUCAAGUGAUGAAUUAUCAUUUCCAACAACACUUGAAAUGCCAGCUGCUUCACCAUUUGAAAAUAAAAAUAUUAUAGUCACAGGUGCUAAUAAGCAAACAUACACAUCAUUUAAAUCACUGCCACCCAGACCACCAAAAGACUUAUCACAGCGAGAGGAAUCUUUACAAAAGGACAAACUCGAUCAUUUAAAUGGAUCAGGACCACAAAACAGUUUUGCCAAAUCUCUGCAACAAUCUGAAACUUUUCUCUGGAAUCGUCUUCAGCCUGGGUGGAAAUGGCUAAUGGCUAAACACCAAGGGGAAGUUUGUUUUAAAGCAGAUAGUGAUGAUCAAUUGCUGGCUUCAGACUUUGAUAGCAGACGUUCUUCAGGGAGAAUGCUUGAGGUGGAGCAGAUUGUCUUUGAAUUGGAGAAAUGUUGCCAACUGCAACAAAGUAAAGGUACUUUAUUUCAUGGUCUUGUGAAAACAUUACCCGUGGAUAUUUUGGGCACUACAGACUUUCAGUAUCAUCAAGUCAUAUCAAACUUGGGAAACAAUUAUGUAAAGCUUAGGAAACUAUUGGAACAUAGAUCUUGUAUUCUUCUUAAUGAAGCAUAUGUCAAAAACCUAAGAGGAGCAUCUAACUUCAUAAGGAAAUUAGAGCAUUUGCUAAUGCAAGAGAAGUCCAAAGCAGUAAAUGUGAACAUUAGUCAUUCAAAUGUCACAUCUCUGAAGGAACUUGGGCAACUAUGUGAAGAAUUGAGAUGCCAUACAAACCACUGGAAAAGCUUAGAAGAAAAAAUUAAGAAUGACCCAUGGUUGAAUUGCAAGUUGUUGCAUUUGAAGAAAAAUUUUAUUUCCAUGAAGAAAACAUUGACAUUAUUAAGCAUAAAUGCUUUAUUUGUCAUGGAGCGAUAUAUUUCCAAAGUACUUCGUACACUAGCCUAUGCUGACCCAUACAGCAUAGCCUCAGGAUCACUUCAGGAAUUUUUUCGGGGUUUGGAAAUAUACAAUGUUAUUGUAUUGGAAUCUAAAAUACCUCAGUUACAAUUUGAACUGAAUAAUUCUAUUGAAGAAAUUAAUAUAAAUGAAUUUGAUUUAUUCAGUCAAAGACUGAAAGGAACAUUGUGUAAGCAGGAUGGGAUUUGGAAAAUUGAACCAUUUCUGAUAGAGAGAAUAUUGAACAUUUUAGCUAAUGAAAGAGGGAGAAUUGCAGCCUUUUGUUUUUAUGAUGCCAUCAUGAUGAAUAAAAAAUUUCUCUCAAUUGUGAACCAUCAUAAUCUCACAGCAUUAGACUGGGAAAAUAUAAAAUUCUCAUUUCUUAGAUUUCCAGGUAGUCAUGAUAUUUUUUGUGCUGAAGAAAUUAAAAAUACUCUGUGUCAACCAGAAUUGGGAAGCAGUCAACAAGAAUUGAAAUCUCGUAGUUGUAAGAAAUCUAUUCAAAAAUUCUGCAUGGAGGAUGAAGUGUUUCUAAACAAAAUCAUUAAUGCUCUUUAUGCAUCCAACAUAUUUUGGCAACAUGUUUUGAAUAGACCCAAGACAGGUAAACUACAGGAAACUAGAGCAGAAGAGCUGCAGUUGCAACGCACCAUCUUUUCAGGAGAAAAUAACUCUCAUCAGAAUUUAAAAAACAAUCAGUAUAAUGAAAUAACUGGAGAUCCCUUACUUUCCUCUCUCAUGAGAAAAUCUGUACGUUGGGAAGACUAUACAUACUGUGAAGGAAAGAUUCUGCUGUUUUCAAAAUACACUGCUAUAUUGUGGAAAUCCUUUGCAACUCACUUGAGCGAUCAAUUCUAUUUCCUGCCACUGUUUGCUUCUGGUGGCUCUAAACACAACAUUGGAAAGCUGGACCAGUGCAAGGCAGAAAUAUCAGCACUACUUAUUCAAGUACUGUAUGAAGCAUGUUACAAAGGAUUACUGCCAAGUGACUGUGAACCAUUUGUAAAGGAUCUUUGUGUAUCUAUGUGGUCACGGAUUGCUCUAAUUCAUUGGGAUCAAGUAUUCUGCAGCACCCUAGGAUCAAUAUUGAAGGAUAAAUGUUUUCCUGAUCCAGAAACAAAGGGAGCCACACAAAGAAGCAGGACAGCGGGGCUUUUCCUGGCACUCUUUCAUCCUCUCUGUAUAACAUUAACCUGGUUGAUGGAGCAAGCUCAAAAUCAAGGUUCCAGUAAUGGAGCGGUUUGUAAGCUUGUAGUGCCGUCUAUCUUGGUGCGAACAUUGAGUCAUUGCAUUACGACGCUGCAGACCUCUUCCCAUUGGUUAAUGACCAAAGGAUUCCAGUUUCUUUCUUCUUGGUCCAUGAAUCAGUUUCUACUUCUAACUCAAGGGGAUCUAAAAAUUCUUGAGGUGAUGACAUCGAAGAUGUUGCAGCUGGCGGAAACCUUUUGUGUUGAAGAAAAUCAUAUCCAGGGAAUCCAUCAGUCUUUGCUGCAAGCUGAAGUAAAAUCACUGGUAAAAGAACUUGGCUGUGCUGCUGCCAUCUUCAGUACAUUCUCAGUGAAGGCACUGACAGUAUUUUCAACUAAAUGUCGAAAGAUGGCUCUUGAGAUAUUUGAACAGACCAUGCCAGUGGGACGACAGUGGAGGGUAAAUUAUCGAUCAGUUGUGCUCCCCAGUAAAUCCAAUGAAUAUGCGACUGCCGCCGUGCAUGCUAUAUUUGGUCAGGUGCUGGAGGGGAUUCAUCAGCUUCCAGAAGAUGCUCAAAUCAUCCCAUUGACAGAAGCCUUGACUGCUUUCGUGGAGGCCUGGAUGGAUCAUAUAUUGAAAGAAAAGAUAAAAUUUAGUGUCCAGGGUGCCUUACAGCUAAAGCAAGAUUUUGAUGCAAUUAAAGAAUUAAUCUGUUCAGAUGAGCAACGACUAUCAAUGGAAGUCAGACAGGCUGUCCUUUCUCUUCGUGUCUUCCACCAAGUGGACAAUGCCAUUAUCUGCCUCCUCCAGCAACCUACCAGGAAGGUCUAUGUUCCAUCAGAUACUUGGGACCGUUUCAGAAGCUGCUGCUCCUCUUCCAGCAGGACGGUUGACUUCAGUCAUCAGAACUUGAACAGUCUUGACAGUCUGGAUCUACGGUCUGAAAGGACAAGAGCAGCCUUUCAGUCUGAAGCUUCUGAUCAACUGAGUAAGAUUAUAACUACUGGGCACCCAGAGUCAUACUUGGCAGUAAAUCAGCAGGAGUGGCUUGCACUGCGAGUGAACAGCAGUAGACGCAGGAAAAUUCUCCGCUUGCCAUGUAUGAAAAACACCCCAGAAUAGUGAGCGACAUUUCUGUCUCUGUUUAUCAGUGGGGAAAACUGACCCAUAGACUUGCACUUUAACACUUAUUUGAGUUAAGUAUAGUGCUGUUUUAGAUUCUGAGCUCCAUUAUAUUUCCAGUUUGGUGAAUAAUUUACCAAAUUUUGAAGGGAAGCCUCAAUGUAUAUUGCAACGCUGAAAUAUUAGCAUUUCAAAAGCUGAUGACCAAAAGCUCCUUUGCCGAAUUAAUUGUAAUAUAAUAUUGCAAGGCAAAAUUUUAAAUGUUCAUUUUUGUACGAUGUUUAUUUGUUCUGAUUUAUGCUGUCUUGAGUUCAAAAGGAUUCGGUAUCCUAUGUUGAAAGCCAGUAUUUUUUGAUUUAAAGAUAUUCUAUAUAAUAAUUUAUCAUAUGUUUAAAUACACUGAUGCUAAUAGAACAUGUUUAUCAAAUAUCUAAUCUUUGGAAUUAUACUGCCUCUACAAAAUGUUUUUAAUACUGAAAUUUAGACAAUGCCUGCAAUAAUUUAUACCUUUUUUGGAGGGCUGUCAGCUGAAGAAACUGUAAACAAUAUUUAUGGAUUUCCUGUUUUUAAUUAAAUGUUCUUUAAAAAAGGAUUUUGUAUUUAAACUUUAUGUAUUAAAAUAUAAUGUUUUUAUGUGUGCAAAUUUA